CUUCUCUUCCCCAGCCCAACCCUCAAUUCUCCAUAUCCUCUCUCAAAGUCUCCUCUUCUCUCCUGUCUGAUCGUUUCUUCGGAUCCUCCUAAGCGUCUCUUCCAAAUUCCAGUCAACACGUCUCUCUCUCCCUCUCUCUCUCUGCACCUCCUUCCUGGAAAAGCCCUCCCAUUUUCAAUCACGUCGCACGCGAAUCGGUGAGGUUGCGGUGGAUUGAUUUGUCGGAUGGCGUCGGAGAUCGAGGUCGUUGAGGAGGUCGAGUCGAGAGAUCGGGAAUCGGCGUCGACGGCUGGCGGCGGAGACGGUGGAGUAGAGGCGGCUGUCGGAGGGGAGGAUGAGAGCCUGCGGAACGACGUGUACACGGCGGCGGCGUAUGGGGAUUUGGACAAGCUGCAGAGAUUGGUGGAGAGCGAGGGCUGCUCAGUGUCCGAGCCCGAUGGCCUUGGCUACUACGCCUUGCAGUGGGCUGCUCUUAAUAAUCGCACUGCUGCUGCUCAGUACAUCCUCGAGCAUGGCGGUGAUGUGAAUGCUGCAGAUCAUAUUGGGCAAACAGCAUUACACUGGAGUGCAGUACGGGGUGCAAUCCAGGUUGCUGAACUUUUACUCCAAGAAGGUGCUCGGGUGAAUGCUGUGGAUUUGCAUGGGUUUCAGACAACACAUGUUGCAGCACAAUAUGGUCAGACGGCCUUCCUGUACCAUGUUGUCACAAAAUGGAAUGCUGAUCCCGAUGUUCCUGAUAAUGAUGGAAGAAGCCCCUUGCACUGGGCUGCUUACAAGGGAUUUGCCGAUUGCAUACGACUUCUGCUAUUUCUGGACGCUUAUAGAGGACGGCAGGACAAAGAGGGUUGUACCCCACUCCAUUGGGCUGCUAUCAAGGGGAAUCUAGAAGCAUGCACUAUUUUGGUGCAGGCUGGGAAGAAGGAGGACCUGAUGGUGACUGAGAACACUGGUCUUACACCAGCACAGCUUGCUGCUGAUAAAAAUCACAGACAAGUUGCUUUUUUCCUUGGAAAUGCUAGGAGGUUGCUUGAUAAACGCUGUGAUGGUAACAGCCGCCUUGGACGCCUUUCAAAAUUGGGACUUGCACCACUUCUUUGGUGUAUAAUCUUUCUGCUACUUGUGACCUAUAUUCAUUCGGUCAUCAUGGCUUCAAAUCUGCCGAAAUUACCGGCCGGCUUUGCCCUUCUUGCUUGGUUGGGUGUUAUACUAGCUACUAUUGGACUUGUUAUGUUUUAUAGGUGUAGCAGCAAUGAUCCAGGUUUCAUCAGAAUGAAUGGGCAUGAUGUGCAUGAUAUGAAAGAUGAUGAGCCUUUAUUGAAGAUUGAGAUAAACAAUCCUGUCUUGCUUGCUGGCAAUUGGUCUCAGCUCUGUGCAACAUGCAAGAUUGUCAGGCCACUUCGAGCAAAGCACUGCUCGACUUGUGAACGUUGUGUUGAACAAUUUGACCAUCAUUGUCCUUGGGUAUCCAACUGCGUUGGCAAGAAGAACAAAAGGGAUUUCUUCUUGUUUCUUGUUCUAGAAGUUUCUGCAAUGCUGAUUACUGGUGCAGUCUCUCUUAUAAGAGUUUUGACUGAUCCAGUGGCGCCAUCUUCUUUUGGUGCAUGGGUAAAACAUGCUAGUAUUGAGCAUACUGGUGCUGUUUCCUUUCUGAUGAUGGAUUUUUUCCUCUUCUCUGGUGUGGCAACCUUAACUGUUAUGCAAGCUUCUCAGAUAUCGCGCAAUAUUACAACAAAUGAAGUUUUAAAUUCAAUGCGCUACAGCUACCUUCGAGGACCAGGUGGCCACUUUAGGAACCCAUAUGAUCAUGGAUGCAAGAAAAACUGUUCGGAUUUCUUAAUCAAUGGCUACAACGAAGACAUUGAGAACACUGAAGAGUCAGGACAAUCUGAGGGAAUCGGAAUGGUGCAAAUGUCUCGGAAUUCAACCCUUCAAAACGGGGUCAGCCAUUCUCAUCAUCAAGCCAACGGAAAUAGCCACCAUGUUAUAAAUGUGAAUAAGAACUCGAAAUCCCAUCAAGGCCACGUUCAUUCUUCCCACUGUAGUCAUAGUAACCCCAACACAAGUGAAUCCGUUCCAGUAGGUCUGGGCAUUGGCUUGGGACGAAACAAUGCUCGAUCUGUAGUAGCUUCAUGAUAAAAGGACCGCGCCAUUGUAGUUAAAAUUUGUCAUGUGCUGUUGCUGUUUAUAGUCAAAUUCAAUUAAUCUGGGGCUUUUUUGGCCUUUCGGAUGCCACUUAUUUAGAUGAUAGUGGAGGAGAUUGUCAAAUUUUGUGGCCAAAGAGACUGUAUGUUGUUCCCCAUGGAAUGAGAAGAAAGUUCAAGGACUGUGAAUGUAGAACUCGCUUUCAUAUUGUGUGGGAAGUUGACCAACGUGGUACUCGGUGUAGAAAUACAUGUUCAAUUUUUAUUGGUAAA